CUUUGUUUAAAAACACAGAGGAAACGAAGAAAUAAAAGAAGAAAAGGAAGAAGAUGCAAGGGUUGAGCAAAACUAGAACCGAGUUACCAGAGAUGUUGGUGUUGGAGAUCCUCUCAAAGCUUCCCGUCAAAUCCUUGACACGUUUCAGGUGCGUUUGUAAGCCUUGGUCUUCAUCUUUCCAAACCCCCCAUUUCAUCGCCAAACAUCAGCAGAACAACCUCAAAAACAACAACCUCAAUCUCCUCCUCAAACGUUGUCACGGUAACACCCAUGAUGAUAUCCAUUAUUUCUCUCAACUUUCGACCGAGAAAGGCCAAAACUUUAGAGUAAAACACAAUAUCCACUUACCCUUUUUCAAGAAUUGUUGGUAUGCACCUUUAGUUGAUGGUCCUUGUAAUGGAGUAUUGUGCUUACAUGAUGCUGGUAAGGCUGCCCUUUGGAACCCAUCAACCAGGGAGUUCAAAAUUCUUCCUCAAUCCACAGUCCAACGCCCUCCUGCAGUAGAUUCCACUAGUUUUGGCUGCCUCGGUUUUGGGUAUGAUUCACAAACUGAUGACUACAAAGUUGUAAGAUUUGUUACUAAUUACUUUGAAGAGAAUCUAGAUGAAGGGUUGAUGGCAGAUUGGAUCGAGCAAGUUGAGUUAUAUUCCCUUAAUAGUGAUUCAUGGAAGGAAAUUCCAGUUCCUGGGGUUCAUGCUUAUGGUUCUCCUUUGUUUAAUAAUUAUGUCAAUGGGUUUUAUUAUUGGCAGGCAGUUGGGGAUUCUGAUCACCUUAUUGUUUCCUUUGAUAUGGCUAAUGAAAAGUUUUCAACUUUACCACUGCCUGAAUUUGGUGGGACUUUAGCACAAUACUAUUUCCAAAUUUUGGACUUCAAUGGAUUGCUUGGUGCUAUUUUUUACCCAAGAGAAGGAACUGACAAGUCUUUUGAUUUAUGGGUUAUGAAUGGAUCAUGGACUAAACAAUUGAGUAUUGAAUCCCUUCCUAGAGUUCAUAGGCCUUUGGGGUUUUGGAAAAACGAUGAAAUGUUUCUUGAGAGCUCUGAUGAUGAACUGGUUUUGUUUGACCCCUCCACACGAGAGCUUAAAAAUCUCGAUAUCCAUGCGUAUAGGGAAACAAUGCAGAUUAUUGCUUAUGUUGAGAGCUUGGUUCCAAUAAAUGGAAGACAAGAGCACGAGGAACGGAUAAUACGUCGGCCAGCAGGAGGGGAAUCAAAUUGAUAUGGAACACUAAGAUGGAUGGGGAGCUACAACAAAAGAGGUGCAUAUAUAUGUCAGACACAGAGUGCUUUUUGUACUUGAAUUUGAUUAAGAGAGCUCAACGUCUCCAAUAGUUGAAUGUAAUUUGAAGUGGAAUACAUGAACUAUUGUUAUCGUUGUUGUUAUGAUCAUGUCUUAUUGGCUGUACUUUAGAUCCAAUGAAACAGUGUCAAUGGUUUGGUGUUGUUCCCUUUGUGGAAUAUUUCUGGAAA